UUUGUAUUAGUAUUACUAAACAUUUUAGUGUUAACAUUUAAGGAGAUAUAAAACUAACGGCAUAUCUAACUGCUUGGGAUGUGGAUUGUUGAAAUACAGGGUAAGUUAAGGUAUGGCAAGCCAUGAAAAUAAAACUGCUAAAAUAAGACCAGGAUCAAAUGAAGAUGCUGAAGAUGAAUUUUCAAGUUUGUAUGUUUCAAUCCGAGAACCUCUUUCUAUAUUAUGUGAAACUAGCAGACCAUCAAUGUCAAGUUCAUUCCUAACUGUCCAAGAUUCUCAUAGUGAAGACGUCAAUGUCUAUAGUGAAAUUGCAGACGAGGAUGUUAAAGAUGAAACAUAUCAUUUACAUUUAAUUGGCGAGGUAAAUAAAUCGGAGGUGAAUAUCAGCAAAGAAAACAUAGCAGAACAAUUUUUAAAUUGCGAAAAGGCAGAUGCAGAAGAUGACUUUUCAAAAGUAUAUGCUUCAAUCCGAGGGCCUCUUCCUUCAGUGUGUGAAACUAGCAGACGAUCAAUUUCAAGUUCAUUCCUAACUGUCAAAGGUUCUCAUAGUGAAGACGUCAAUGUCUAUAGUGAAAUUGCAGAGGAGGAUGUUAAAAAUGAAACAUAUCAUUUACCUUGUAUUGGCGAGGUAAACAAAACGGAGGUGAAUAUCAGCAAAGAAAACAUAGCAGAACAAUGUUCAAAAUGCGAAAAGGCAGAUGCCACCCAUUUCUGCAGAAGCUGUAGACACGCUCGUCAAUAUAUGUGUUAUGUUUGUCUUAAAGAUCACAACCAUUGGCACGAUGAUCAUGUUGUUGUCACUUUAUCUGUGAAAAAUGAAGGAAAUUUAGAACUGCCAGCAAAAGACUUAAAUAAAACAGAAACAAGCAAAGAAGAAAAUCUCAGACAACUUAAAAUGGUUGCGUUCUCAAAAUUGCCUUCGAAAGUUGACAAGGACGGUGAUCAGAACAAAAAGAAAAAUAUUGUAACAGACAUAUCAACUAGAUCAACAGAAAUAAAUGAAAGCCAUAAACCUUUAAAUCAAGGCGGACAAGUAAUCAGCAAGAAAUUUAACAAGGACGAGUUCUAUCCGAGCAUAGCACACGAAUUAAAAACAAAGCAGCGAUGCAAAUCUGAUGGUCAAUUUCAAAAGGACGGAAUAUACUCGAUACGAACGAGUUCUGAUACAAAGACAUGUGCUAUUUCAGGGAUAGUCCAGCUAAAAAAUAAAAAGGUGUUACUGGCUGACUCUAAAAACAGUAAUCUCAAAAUUUUAAAUGAAGAAACCUUUAAAAUUAUUGGUUCUCAUACAUUACCUAGUAGUCCAUACUCAAUGUGCUACGUUAAAGAAAACAGGGUUAUCGUCGCAUGUAUAAACUAUAAAUUUCACUUAGUCGAUUUUAAUGGUGAAAUAGACAUUCAGUUAUUGUUUGAAAUCAAACAUUUGUUUAAUGGUAUCGCUUUUGCUAAACAAAAAUUAUUCGGAUGCACAUCUGACACAGUCGAAGUAUUUAGCGGUACAGGCAAACAAAUUUCUAAAUUGAAACCUGUCGAUGUAACCAAUAUUGAGGACGUGUGUGUAAGCAAAGAAGGAGACAUCAUUUAUUGUGCUGAUGAGAAGAAAGGCUUAGUUGUUCUCGACAAACAUGGAACUGUUGUAUAUAUCAUAUCGGAAAAUUUAUGCCAACCCUAUAGACUGUGUCAUGGACAACGAGGAUACAUUUUUGUUACAGAAACAAAUUCUGAUAGGGUGAUGAGAUUUGAUAUACAUCGAAAAGAUGUGGGACAAAUUGGAAAUGAUGAUAUUUUUAUUUAUAGCCAUAUUUCUUUGUGCCAUGAGAAGAGAAACUAUAGACUAAUAGUUGCUGUGUGGCAAAGUGACAAAAUACAUGUUUAUACUUUUAUGUGAUGUAUUCGUACUAUGAUCGACGUACAAGUUCUAUAGAAACAAUUUAUAUAAAAAAAAACAUUUUAACGAAUAUAACAAUAAUUAUUAAUUAUAAUAUAUAUUUAACCUUUAUCUUUUUAAAAGUAUGUGAUAUGCCUUUAGUUUCUACCAAAAAAAAAGAGAGAAUAAUUUGACAUAUACAUU